AUGGAAAAAGUUAAAUUAGAAUCCAAUGGUGCUUUCUUCAUUGAUGGUCCGGGUGGAACGGGCAAAACUUUUUUAUAUAAAGCACUCCUAAGUGGUGUAAGAUUUAAAAUUCCUUUGGAAACAAUUGGUGAAAUAAGCUGUUCUGUUAGCAAGCAAUCAGCUUUAGGAAAUUUGUUGAACAUGUCAAGAUUAAUCAUUUGGGAUGAAGCACCGAUGGUCAAUCGUUCUGCUGUGGAAGCUACAGAUAAAAUGCUUAGAGAUAUUACCAAUUGUAAUUUGCUCUUCGGUGGGAAAGUAGUAGUUCUCAGAGGUGAUUUUCGACAAGUUCUACCAGUUGUACGAAAAGGGAAAAAAUACGACAUAAUGAAAGCUAGCUUAGUUUCCUCUGACUUAUGGCCUUCGUUUUUGCAUCUUCCAUUAACCGAAAAUAUGAGAGCUAAAUUGGAUCCCACUUUCUAUAGUUACUUGCUAAGAAUUGGAGAUGGAAUAGAGAAAGAGCAUACUUAUAUAGAAACAUAUGCUGAUGAUCUCCAAGCGAUGACAAAUCGAGUUAUUCUUACACCUACAAAUGAAUGUGUUGAUCAUAUUAACAGAAUUUUACUUGAACAAAUUCCUGGUGAAAGUUAUGCAUAUUAUAGUUUUGAUGAGAAAUCACAUCCGGUGAAUAUUGUGGAAAAUAUGUUUUUUUGCCGAGGAUCCCUUUUAUACCUCUAA